AGAAGAAGCAGCUGGGCAAAAACUCACCUCAUCAUCAUCAUCCUGUACCGGGAUAUUCCGCUCGUCGGGCCGGUUUCUUUCACCACCGGGUUUGAACUAAUUGUCACAUUAUUUGGUAGAGACUUUGAUCGCCGACAGACGCUUUAAACCUCAGUGAACACAGACGAUGCUAACAGGCUAACAGCAUCCUGUAGCUCGCGCUGUGAUAUCAACUAAUGGAUUUCAUUCAUUAACCAUUUAGAAUCGUUUUAUCAAGUUUUUAUGUUAUAUUUGUGCAACGAGAGGUGAAGACAUUUUGUUUAAAGAGCUUUUGUGAUGUCAUGUAUGUGUGUGUAAGGGGCAGUUAACGUUACCUGUGCCGUUUACGAGUGAUUAUUAUAUUUAUGUAGUCUGUUUCCUUCAGGUGUAUCAUAUCAGUGUUUGUGAAGUUGAUAGUUGCGUUUGUUCACGCACGUGCGGUCUGAAUCUGGCUUUUAUAUGAUCGUUCUGUAUAAAAAGGAUCCGAUCCGGACAGUAAGCAGGACACGCAUGUUGGUUAGGUUUGGAUCUGUAGACUGAACCUUUUAAGCUCGAUGAGGAGUUUCGCAUUAGAGACAUUGUUAGGAGAAGCUCAGUCUGAGCUCGCCUUUUACUGCCUCGGAGAUUAAAGUCCUGAUUCCAGCAUGGCUCCCAAAAAGAGACCUGGUCCCAUAGUGAUAACUGGAUGUGGAGAGACCGAGACCACCUCCACGCCCAUCGAUGCUGCGUCAGAAGCAAACAUCGAAGCCCUUCAGAAGAAGUUAGAGGAGCUUGACUUGGAUGAGCAGCAGAAGAAGCGUCUGGAGGCGUUCCUCACACAGAAAGCCAAUCUGGGUGAACUGAAGGACGACGAUUUCCAGCACAUCUGUGAACUGGGAGCAGGGAAUGGAGGUGUGGUCAAUAAAGUGUGUCACAAGCCCUCCGGUCUCGUCAUGGCCAGAAAGCUGAUUCAUCUGGAGAUCAAGCCUGCCUUCAGACAUCAGAUCAUCAGAGAACUGCAGGUUCUGCACGAGUGUAACUCUCCGUACAUCGUCGGUUUCUACGGGGCGUUCUACAGCGAUGGAGAGAUUAGCAUCGGCAUGGAGCACAUGGACGGAGGCUCUUUGGAUCAGGUUCUCAAAUACGCUGGCAGAAUUCCAGAGGAGAUCCUGGGAAAAGUCAGCAUAGCUGUUUUAAGAGGUCUUGCUUAUCUUCGAGAGAAGCAUCAGAUUAUUCACAGAGACGUGAAACCCUCUAAUAUUCUAGUAAAUUCUCGUGGUGAGAUCAAACUGUGUGACUUUGGAGUGAGUGGACAGCUCAUCGACUCCAUGGCCAACUCUUUUGUGGGCACACGGUCCUACAUGUCGCCGGAGAGAUUGCAGGGCACUCAUUAUUCUGUACAGUCUGAUGUGUGGAGUAUGGGUCUCUCUCUGGUUGAGAUGGCCAUCGGCUGUUAUCCCAUCCCUCCACCUGACCCAAAAGAACUGGAGGGCAUCUUUGGUAGAGCGGUGAUGGAUGUUGGGAAAUCAAAGACACACGGCACCUCUCCACGACCCAGGGCACCGGGCAGAGCCGUCAGCGGUCAUGGGCCGGUGAUGGCUAUAUUUGAACUCCUGGAUUAUAUAGUCAACGAGCCGCCCCCUAAACUCCCACUUGGCAUCUUCACUCCGGAUUUCCAAGAGUUUGUGACCAAAUGUCUCAUUAAGAACCCGGCGGACCGGGCCGACCUGAAUAUGCUGAUGAAGCACACGUUUAUUAAGCGUUCAGAGGUGGAGGAAGUGGACUUCGCUGGAUGGUUGUGUAAAACCGUCGGGCUCAAUCAGCCCAGCACGCCCACCAGAACGGCCGAAUGAGGCCGGCGCGCACGCACACAACCUUUUGACCACCCGACUCGUGUUUUCUCUGUCAAUAAUGACACAUUGAGCAACGUUAUGACACUGUGUGCUCAUACCACACACGCAAAGCUGCUUAUUUGAUACUUUUACAGACAUGAGUGACUCUCAAAGAACACGUGCGAGUCAUAUUUCACUCCAGAAUCAAGACCGUGUAUUUUGUAUACAGAAAUCUGUUUAAGAGCCAUUAAGAAAAAAACAAACAAUCUGGACGUUACAGUCACAAGAAUUCAGUUGCAGAUCUGCUCAGUUGUUAUGGUCCUAAAAAAGGCUUUGUUUUCAUUUAUUAUCAUAAUCACUUGUUUAAUUUUGGGGUUAAAGUGAAUUAGACAUGUUUUCGCCUGAUUCGCCAAGAUUCACGUACAAUAUCAUCGGAUCACAUGAACUUCACUGCUGUCACUUUCAGAAUCACUUUAACCGAUUCCUCUCCUGAUGGUUAAGGAUCAACUGCUGGCUUACGUUUAUCCAUCAGAUGGAGAAAAGAAACGAGAUGUUUUAUUAUCAAAUAUAUUAUAUAUCAUCUGUGCUGCUUUAGUUUUCCAGUCGUGUUUUACAUCCUCAAAAUAAAAACUGAUGUCAGUUCAGAAA